AUGGCUGAAGCACGUAGUGUUGCUGGUAUUAAUAUUGCAUUAACUCAUGAUGGAGUUGCUGUCUCAUAUGAUCAAGAACUUUUAAGAGAUAUUUGGUCAGCUUUCUCAAGAUCAUAUAGAAAACGAAUUGCAAGAUUUAAAAAUCAUUUUAUUGCUGGUAUUUUUCCAGCUAAUAUAGCAUCAUUAGGUGCUACUUUAGGAAUAGUUCUGCUCUUUUCAUUAUUAACAAUUGAUGUAACAUUUGGUAUUGUUACAUUUUUAAGAAAUUGGGUAUUAUACUUUUUAUUUGGAUCUGGUUAUUUUUGUCACAUCUUAUCAUUGUUAAUCGGUGGUUCUUUGUUUUGGUUUUUAUUAAUACAAAUAAUGAGAUUAUCAUUAAAAAUGAUGUUAAGUUAUAAAGGAUGGAUGUAUCAGUCACCAUUUGAAAAAAAUGUUACAUCAUUUACUAAAGCAUGGUUUAGUAUUCUUCAUUUUAUUUCAAAGUUUGGACCAACACUUCAUUCAUUUCAAGGUGCUUUGCCACAUUUACCACUUCCAACACUUAAUGAAACACUUGAUAGACAUUUAAAAUCAAUACGUCCAUUUACAACUGAUGAAGAAUAUGAUGAAAUGGUUAUAUUAACAGAUAAAUUUAGAAAAGGACUUGGAAGACGUCUUCAAAGAUAUUUAAUUAUUAAAUCAUGGCUUUCUGUUAAUUAUGUAUCUGAUUGGUGGGAAGAAUUUGUUUAUAUGCGUCAAAGAUCACCAAUAAUGAUUAAUAGUAAUUAUUAUGGUUUUGAUACACUUAAUAUGCAACCUACAAACAGUCAAGCUGCACGUGCUGCUAAUAUCACAUGGGCUGCUUUAACAUUUAGAAGAAUGAUUGAAAGACAAGAAGUUACACCAUUUGCAUUAAGUCCAAAAUCAAAAGUUCCAUUUUGUACAAUGCAAUAUGAAAGACUUUUUAAUAGUUGUCGUAUUCCUGGUGAAGAAACUGAUACAUUUCGUGUAUAUGAUGAUGCUAAACAUAUUGCUGUAUAUUAUAAAGGAUGUUGGUUUAAAUUACCAAUUCAUAGUGGAAAACGUUUACUUGAACCUAAAGAAUUACAAUAUGGAUUUCAAGAAAUAAUUGAUAGUGGUUGUAUACCACAAAAAGGUGAAGAUGAAUUAGCUGCAUUUACAGCUGGUGAAAGAACACCAUGGGCUAUUGCUAGAAGAAGAUAUUUUAAUACAGGUAUUAAUAGACAAUCUUUACGUGCUAUUGAAAGAGCUGCUUUUGUUGUAAUAUUAGAUGAUGAAGAGGUAACAUAUGAUGAAAAUGAUAAUACAAAAUUAGAUCGAUGGGCUUCAUUACUUUUACAUGGAAAAGGUACAGAUAGAUGGUAUGAUAAAUCAUUUAAUUUUAUUAUUUUUAAAAAUGGUAAAAUGGGUAUUAAUACUGAACAUUCAUGGGGUGAUGCUGCUGUAACUGCUCAUUUUGUUGAAUAUUGUUUAUUAAAAGAUUUAUGUCAUCAAAAGUAUGAUGAAAAAGGAAAUUGUAAAGGUUUACAUGAAGUAAAUGUUCAUCCACAUCGUCUUCGUUGGGAUUUUACUACUUCAUGUCUUGAUGAUAUUAAAGUUUCAUUAGAUGUUGCUAAAAAAUUAAUUGAUGAUGUUGAAAUGUCAUUAUUAGUAUGGAAUACUUUUGGUAAAAGAUUAAUUAAAAAACUUGGUAUAUCUCCUGAUGCAUUUCUUCAACUUACAUUACAAUUAACAUAUUUUAGAAAUCAAAAUAAAUUUGCAUUAACAUAUGAAGCUUCAAUGACAAGACUUUAUAGAGAAGGUCGUACUGAAACUGUUAGAUCAUGUACAAGUGAGUCAUGUGAUUUUGUUCGUGCAAUGCUUAAUGAUAAAGCUGAUAAUGAGGAACGUCUUGAAUUACUUUAUAUAGCAGCUAAAAAACAUCAAGAAUUAUAUCGUGAUGCUAUGUGUGGUAAAGGUGUUGAUAGACAUCUAUUUGCUUUAUAUGUUAUUAAACGUUAUCUUGAAGAAGAGUCACCAUUUUUUGAUAAAAUAUUUCCACCAACUUAUUUAUUAUCAACAUCUCAGACACCUCUUAAUCAAUGUGAAGAUGAAUCAAUAGGAUUAUCUGUAGAGGAAAGAGCUAGCUUUAUUAAUGCAGGAGGUGGUUUUGGACCUGUAACUGAUAGAGGAUAUGGUGUAUCAUAUAUUAUAAAUGGUGAAGAUCAAUUAUUCUUUCAUAUUUCAUCAAAAAAAUCAGCAGAUAAUACUAGUUCAUACAAAUUUCGUGAUGAUCUUAUCAAAAGUUUGAAUGACAUGAAAUUAUUACUUACAAAGAAAUAA